UGCUAAAAUAACAUAAUUAUAUACUUAUUGAAGAGCGUAUUUUUAUACUUUCGCUAUUUAAAGAAACUAUUCUGAGUAGUUAAAUAAAGAAUGUAAGAAUAUAUCGCAGAAGGUUAUCAAUAUCAAAUAAAACUGCGAUCGCUGCCGUCUCCACCUAUGGAUCGCUUCCGGCCAAUGCUACUUUACGCGUUCUCUAUGCUGUGUCAUUUAUCAUUGACGGCCGUUGCUGAAUCUCGAUACCACGGUAUACCACGGUAGUUAGUGACAGAUAAUAACGAAGUCACGGGUCUCGAUACGAUGCCCAUUUUCAGACGCGAGAACCAUCGAAUUUUCCCGAUAAUCAAUUUUCGAGUGAGAGGAACUCGUGAUCGCGUUCGUAUCUCUCGAGUCGGUUGACCUUAUCACGCUUGCCAGAUUAGCGUCAAUCGUUUUGAUGAGUGUUGCUGCCAGUGUCAGUCAGCAGUGAACAUAUUCCGUGCAUCGUGUAGAAAAUGAUGGUCACCGUGGUCCAGGCGAAGCUCGCGUCGAUGAUCAUCAUCGGCGUUGGCAGCUUUGUCGUUGGUGUUGCACCGGUGUGUUUUGUUUCACGCGUGAGAUAUCUUCAACAGAAGCUCCUUCUCUCUUGCACACUUUGUUUUGGUGGUGGCGUUCUGUUCGCAACUUCUAUUCUGCAUAUGUUACCGGAAACACGGGAAUCUAUGUCUCAACACGCAGAACUACUUUUUUCAUGCGGAUUUCUUCUCUUGUAUCUUAUAGACGAAUGUGUCCAUUAUUUUUGGGGCAGUGAAGACCAGCAUGUUCCGCAGGAACAUCGUUACGAAAACUCGAACUGGAAUAAUGGAAACCAGCCGGAGCGAUGCCGGAGUCACUCGCAUCAAGUGAGCUAUACCACGGGCACGCGGACUGUCAGAGGCGUCCCCAAUGCCGACUUUAAUACGUCUUAUCAGACGAGUCUAGAUGGAAACGGAAUGAUCAGCAACUGGGAACGCGAAGGUUACGGAGCGGUGCAAUUUACACCGACCGCGCCAUGUCAUUAUAACAACGAAGAGACGUUUUUAUGCCAUGGCAAUCAUUCAGAGCCGUGUUCAGAUUCCAAUACCAACAUCAUGGGACUUUUAUUGGCGCUCACGGUCCAUGCUGUCCUCGAAGGACUGGCGGUUGGCCUGCAAAAGGCUACGUCCGAAGUAUUUUUGUUAGUUGGAGCAGUAGCUUCCCAUAAGUUCGUCGUUGGAUUCUGUUUAGGAUUAGAAUUAGCCGGAGCUAAUAAUACUCUUUUUAGGCUCGUACUAGCAAUCUUUGUAUUCUCCGCUGGAUCUGCAGUUGGUAUAGGCAUCGGAAUGUUAACAUUCAAAAUGCAGAAUAAGUGGACAGACGUAGCUGUACCGAUUCUUCAAGGUUUAGCAGGUGGAACGUUAUUGUACGUAACGGUUAGCGAAAUCUUGCCAAGAGAGAGGGCGAGAUGGCACAGAAAUCUGCGACGAUCCGCCGGCGUUUUGCAGCUCUUGUCCGUGAUUCUUGGCUUCGUCGUUAUUUACCUUUUGAAUAACUACGUGGCAACGUGAAUUUACAAUUCUACUUUUAGCUAUUUGAUAGAAUAAAUUGUUUAACAAACGAAAUUCAACAGUAGCGUAUUAAGAACUACAAGGGAAGAAAAAUAUUACGCGAGCUUCUCUGAAAUAAAUUUACCCGAGAAGCUAUCUUUAUUCAGGUUUAAAUACAAGUUUCACGUACACGGAAUAUCGUGACGAGAAAGAGAUACAGAGAGCUGGAGCAAUUGAAUGAGGAGAGACAAAAGAGGAAAGAUAACGCCCUUUAAAAUAUUGUAUAAAAAUAGAAUGUUGCAACGAAAUCGAUAAAAUGUUUUAAUUCUC